CGCGUCGCUCCUGACGGCCUCCAGGAGGGACCAAGAGCGAGGAGGCCUUCACAUCUCUAGACACAAGUGGACAGAAGACUUGGGAUUUAGAUGUCCCUGUUUUGGUUCCUCACUUCCUGGUGGAGAUGCAGUGGAUAGAGGCCUUGACAACUAUCUUGUAUUCCUGGACAACUUUGGAAACUUAUACAAGAAUGAGCAUUCUACUGAUUGAAGCUUUUUAUGGAGGUUCGCACAAGCAGUUAGUAGAUCUUCUUCAAGAGGACAUAGAAGAUUGUGUCCUCUUUACUCUCCCUGCAAAGAAAUGGCAUUGGAGAGCUAGAACGGCAGCUCUCUACUUCAUGCAAACCAUACCGGCCAGUGCUGAUUACAGGAUCCUCUUUGCAAGCUCCGUGCUUAACCUGACUGAACUCGUUGCCCUUCGGCCUGACCUUGGCAAAUUGAAAAAGGUCUUUUACUUCCAUGAGAACCAAUUGAUAUAUCCUGUCCAGAAAUGUCAGGAAAGGGACUUCCAGUAUGGCUACAACCAGAUCCUUUCAUGUUUGGUUGCUGACAUUGUGGUGUUCAACUCUGCUUAUAAUAUGGAGUCAUUUCUAACAUCUAUUGGAAAAUUCAUGAAGCUGAUGCCUGACCGUAGACCCAAGUGUCUGGAAAAAUUAAUCAGACCAAAAUGCCAAGUCCUGUAUUUUCCAGUGAAGUUUCCUGAUGUGAGCAGGUUUAUGCCAGAACACAAAUUGGCCCUUAAUGAGAACACACCUGGAGCUAAAGGAAAUGGAAAUCCUGACCCAUUCAUGAGUCUGCCUUCCCAAGAAAAGAAUGAGAGAACUAUGGGUUUAACAAAAGAUAGCAACUCAGACAUGAGGUCUGCUGAUUGCAAAACACAGACAGAAUGUUGUUCCUCUUUGCAAGAGAGACUGCAUAACCUGCCAACAACACCAAGGGAACUGAACGAGCCUACUUUCUCCAAAAGCGCAAGUCAUUGUCAAGAAGAAGAUAAGCCACAUGAAACUUGUAAUCUUUGCAGAACCCCAGGAGAACUGGAGCGUCAGCAGAAACCUUUGCACAUCGUUUGGCCUCACAGGUGGGAACACGAUAAAGAUCCGGAGAGUUUCUUUAAAGUUCUGCUGAAAAUGAAACAGAUGGAGCUAAAUUUUCAUGUUUCUGUCCUUGGAGAGACCUUUACUCAUGUUCCAGUUAUAUUUUCAGAGGCCAAAAAGGCACUGGGAUCAUCUGUCUUACACUGGGGCUACUUGCCUAGCAAAGACGAGUAUUUCCAAGUUCUAUGCAUGGCUGAUGUUGUCAUCUCCACAGCUAAACAUGAAUUCUUUGGCGUGGCAAUGAUAGAAGCUGUGUAUUGUAGCUGUUAUCCACUCUGUCCCAAGGCUUUGGUCUACCCAGAAAUGUUUCCAGCUGAAUAUCUGUAUUCUACACCUGAACAGCUUUUUAAAAGGCUUCAGAAUUUCUGCAAGAGACCAGAUAUUGUAAGGAAACAUCUCUAUAAGGGAGAGAUGGCUCAGUUUUCUUGGGCAGCGCUCCGUGGUAAAUUCAGGUCUUUGCUCACAACAGAACCCAAGGAAGAUUUGUGACAGCUGGGGCUAAGUCACAAACUUGCAGCCCAAGGCAGACUCUGUGGAACUUUCCAGAGUGUGCCCAUAUUUACCUGAUCAGAGAGAAAAGAAAAUCUGCAGAGGAAGCUCAGCUCGGCUGCUUGUCAUAGCUGACACAGAGCCAUCUGCCACAAACCUGUGGCGGCUUCAGAUCUCCAAUCCCUGCCACCACCCUGACUCAAAUUAAAUACAGAUUCUGAGAGACGUUACGAUGGUUACACAUGUCCUCGGCAUCACAUGGAGGAGACUGUUCGGGGAGGGGGGGGGAUAUGUGGCCUGUUGUAUAACUGCGCUCAUGUAUCCCAUAUGUGGUGCCACAUUGAAUUUCCGGUUGAAUCUGUUUUUAUCCUUUGUACUGGAUUACUUGGUGCCUGAAUUCUUUCUUUUCUGCUGACGUGAUGGCAGCCAAGAUUACAGCUUCAAACACUCGCCUUUUUGGCUGGCUUUCUACCUAGGUUGCCAGGUUAUCGUUGGAGCCUCACUGUGUCCUCUGUGGGCCACAGGGUCUGAAAGGAGGACCAGAAUCCUCCUGGACUAAUUGGGCAAGCCCCGUAUGAAUGGCUUGGAACUAAAGGGCUGUUUAUGCACAUUUCCUUUCUUCCUCCCUCUCUCCUUCUCCCUCCCCCCUCCUUUUGCAAAUUAAUGACUCUGUGGCACAGGGGUUUUUAAGUGAAGGUAUUAAUAAGGGGUCUGGCAGGUAUUCCCAUGAUUCACAGAACUACAUUUGCAUUUAAUUAAUCUUAAAGAAAACUGCAAGAUAAACAGCUGUAAUUCAAACUAGCAUGGGAAAUAUGCUACAUGGUGCCAUCUACCCGACAAAAGGAAAGCAGAGACACUUGUUUUAUUUCUCUCAAGGUUGACGAACAAACAGCCAUCCGAAUGGUUCCAAAGGUGGUGGUGGUGGUGGGGACACAGGUUUUAACGUUACUGCCUGGUUUGCUUUAAGAAGGGGAGGGGUGCUUUGCAUCCAAAUAACAAAACCUGAGCUUUAAAAGAACAAAGCACAAUUCCAGCAGUUAAGCAGUUGCCUUUGUUUAUUUGUGUAAAAUGUUUCUAUCCCGCCUUACCUCCUUGGACUCAGGGGGUGAACGGUGUAGCAACCAAGUUGUGAAGACAUAAAUAAUAAUCCAAUUAACAAAACUAAAGCAGAUUCAAACACACCGUUUGGCCAUUUUUUAAGCAUGUGUCGAUGUGAUUUUGUUUUUGAAGAUUCAGAUUGUACAAUGCAUCUUUAAUAAAGU